AUGCCUACUGCCCUGCCGCCCAUGGCGACGCCGCUACUCAGCGAGACCUCCGUCUCCGCGAUGAUGCUCAACCAAGCUCCGCUACCCACCUCCACUCCCCAUACCAAUACCUCCGCCUUGAAUGUCGCCUCCAGUCUCUCGUCUAUACCAACCUCAUCGCCUCAGAGACAUGUCGCCCCUCCCGUCUUACCCCCGACCAAUACUCCGACUGGAACCAUCGUUAUCGUCUUCGGGGCCGGGCAAGAACAUAUAGUGCAUAUGGUCGCAGAAGUACUCGGCAAACCAUGGACCACCGAAACCGCUCUUUCAACUUUGACAAAAGCCAGUGAUGCGGUUGUAGCCGGGGUGCUGGCGCAAGACUUAGAGCCGAGCUUGGAGGGAAUCGACAGGUCGGCUCUGAUCUUGAUCAACACCCAUUGCGUGGAAGACGGGUCUGCACCCGAGGACCGGCUCACCGAAUGCUGUGACUAUGAGUUUUUGUAUUCGCGCAGCCCGUUCUUACGGCGCGACUUGACACGGGUAUUAUCUCUCAUUCUGGGCCAGACAAGACCGCAUGAGGAUCUGCGCACGAAGACGAGGACGAAUUUCAUUUCUACCACUUUUCCCGAUGUCCAUGCUGCCAUGCCGAAUUUGGAUAUCCUGUCCGUUGGCUCAGAUGCGGUUGAGAUUCGCGUGGAUUUGCUGGUUGAUCCUGCGAAGGAUGGAGCGGAAGCUGGUUCGGUGCCUAGUCUGAAGUACGUGGGUCAGCAAUUGAUGCUUCUGAGGCAGCAUACCGAGCUUCCUAUUAUUUUCACCACGAGGUGUACCAAGGAAAAUGGCAAAUUUCCUAUGGAUGACCCGGAAUUGUUCUAUAAAUACUUGCGAAGGGCGAUCCAGUGGGGAGUCGAGUACGUUGAUGUCGAGCUGUGGCUUCCCGAGGAUAUCAGACGGCGCCUGGCUGAAGUUAAAGGCCACAGCAUCAUCAUGUCGGCCUUUCACGAUUUUUCAGGGACGUGGAAAUGGACGUCCCCGGAAGCACAGCGUAUUUUUGACGAAAGCGCCAAGUACGCGGAUAUCGUGAAGAUGAUCGCUAUGGUUUCGACUAUGGAGGAAAACUAUGAGCUGGAGUACUUCCGCUCGACGAUCAAGAGUCGCGGCCCUGGACCAUUGCUCUCGGCAGUGAACAUGGGCCAAAUGGGCCAGCUCUCGCGUGCGCUCAACACCGUCUUCUCUCCCAUCACCCAUCCUCUCCUGCCCAUGAUUGCGGCUCCGGGCCAAUUGACUGCCGCGGAGAUUAACGAAGCAUUGCAUAUCAUGGGCCAACUCCCCAAGCGCGAUUUGCACGCGAUCGGCUCGUUUAGAUCGACGCCUCAUUCCAUGUUCAUGGGGAAAUGUCUCAAUGAGCUAGGCCUGCAACAUAACUUCACCUCCAUCGACCGCGGGCCGACGGGGUCUAUGGAGUCUGUGCUGAAGCAACCUCAAUUUGGUGGUGCUUCAGUCAACCCUCCAAUCUCCAGUUCAACUGCAUACAUCCCCGCCAUUAGCGAUGCGGCGCGCGCCAUCGGCCUCGUAGACACCAUCGCUAUGGCCGCUCCCGGAGACGGCAGGAACGGCGCCCGCUUCAUCGGAGAGAAUGCCGCAUGGAAGGGUAUCCGGGCGACUCUGACUAGAGAGUAUGUCCCAUCUGCAUACCGUGGCCGGGCAGCGAUCAUCUUGGCUGGAUCAGAGACCGACGCAUCUGCUGCGAUCUUCGCACUCCGCAGCCUCGAUGUCGGCGCUAUCUACACAGUCGGUUUCAAAGCGAGUGGCCCCCUCGCAGCAGGCUUGGAGCCAUUCACGUCAAUUCAAUCCGUCAAGCUUGUCGAGCAGCCUUUCGUGAUCGUCUCGGCUCUACCUCCCGAGAAAUCACUACUCGUGCAGCCUCUCCUCCGCCACUACCGCGCCAAUGGCCGCUCGUCACCCCCCUCAACACGAGGCAAAGUAUACCUGGAUCUAACCAGCGGUCCUCGCAAAGGCGACCCGCUAGGUGUAGCAACCAGCGCCGGAUGGACAGCGUACGGCUCCGAGGACGUCAGCGCCUGGACGACAGUUGAAACGCUCCGGCUACUAGUCGGGCAGAACGUGCCGUUUGAUUUUGUGCGCAUGGCAUCCGGGCGCCUUCUAUUCUAG